GAGAGAGAGAGAGAGAGAGAGAGAGAGAGAGAGAGAGAGGAUAUGGCCAAAGAGAGCGAAUAAAACUCGCUCGAGCACUUGUUCGUCACACAAUUGUAAGUGUGAAACAUCCCGCAGCCGCGCGCAGGAUUCUCCACGCGCAUCCAACCAGAUACGAUCUCACGAGCAGCAUCAACAAAGAAUAUAGUUUUACAAUCACGGAGCCUCGUUAUCUCACGAGUUUCUCCAACGCCACAGGGUGGACAUAUAUCUAUUUCCCGCAUUUAAACACACACCACCCGGCUGCCUGCAUCUCCCAGCUCCGUCCGCGGAGACCCAUCAGCGCGCGAACAGUGGUGGUCUCCUGUCGGACCAUUGGAUUGGGGUUGACGCCAUGGGGACAGAGGGAGGGGGUCUUCGCCAUGGAUUCUGACUUUUUAAACACUUAAUAUAACAUAGAUUGCGAAAACCCGUAUCUAAGUAGUUGAGCGAGCUGCGCUUUAGGUCGCAUCUCUUCCUGUCCUUCUUUACCGAACGGGAUGGUUCCAGCGCAGAGUCGCGUGGGGUGAGAAGAUCUUGCAAAGACUGGGAAGAAAAGCGAAUGAUCGAGGGAUUAUGGCACUCUUCGCGCUCUGUCUUUUUAUUCUGACGCUCACCUGCACGAACUUUGACCUCGUGACUGCAGCCAGGCACGCGGUACACUGGAACAGUUCAAACAUAUCACUUCGUAAGGAGGGCUACACUGUGCAGGUGAAUGUCAAUGACUAUCUGGAUAUCUACUGUCCUCACUAUAACAGCAGCCAGAGAGGUGUCGCUGAGCAGUACGUGCUCUACAUGGUCAGUUAUCGUGGUUACCGUACGUGUGACCCGCAGCUGGGCUUCAAACGCUGGGAGUGUAACCGCCCCCAUGCCCCGCAUGCCCCAAUCAAGUUCUCGGAAAAGUUUCAGCGCUACAGCGCCUUCUCGCUCGGCUAUGAGUUCCACGUUGGGCAUGAAUAUUAUUAUAUCUCCACACCCACUCAUCACCACGGGCGGAGCUGCCUGAGAUUAAGAGUGUAUGUCUGCUGCUCAACAGCAUCUGAUUCAGAUGAUGAGCCCCAGCCCACAGAGCCAGACUACACUCUAAGACCUAACAUCAAAAUCGAUGACCUCGAUGACUAUGAUAAUCCCGAGGUCCCUAAAUUGGAGAAGAGCAUCAGCGGUAGCAGUCCAUCCAGAGAUCGCCUUCUCCUAACCGUGGCAUCACUUUUCUUCAUCGCCCUCUCUGUCUCCUAGCAUCCACCUUCUAUCCGUCACCACACCAACGAGGCCUUGGGGGGAGGGGGGAAAGGGAGGAUCCAGGGCCGAUAAGUUUGCCACUAAAAACUGGGAAAGGAACAGGAAAUAAAUGGAACACUUGACGCUGCAGCAGCUUACGAAGUGUCAAGCACCAGCCCACAAUUCAACAGUUGUUU